AUGCUCAUAGCUUUGUCUGCUAAGAACAAAGCAGGACUCAUUGAUGGAACAUUUCUUCAGCCCAAAAUCUCUUCUGAUGACUUCAAGUCUUGGACCCGUUGUAAUGACAUGGUCAUUUCUUGGUUAUUAAACUCUCUUUCAAAAGCAAUCGCAGAGAGUGUUCUGUACACCAAAACCGCCAAGGAAAUCUGGGAUGAGCUUGAAGAAAGGUUUGGCCAGAGUAGUGGACCACAACUUUAUCACCUACAAAAGGAGAUCAGUGAGUCAACACAAGGAAAUUUGGACAUAGCAGGAUACUAUACUAAGCUGAAAAAGCUGUGGGAUGAAUUGGACAGUCUGGAUGUAUGCCAACACUGUACCUGUGACUGCAGUUGUGGUGGUAAACUCAAAAACUACAAAUCUCAACAGGAUAGCAGACUCAUUCAGUUCCUUAUGGGACUGAAUGACACUUAUGCAGCAGCUAGAAACAAUCUACUUCUCCUAUCUCCUUUGCCUUCACUGAAUCAUGCCUACUCCUUGCUUAUCAGAGAUGAGAAGCAAAGAGAAGUGCAAAUCUCUCAUCAUCCAGCUGAAAGUGCUUUUGUUGCAGCUCAACAACCCUAUGGAGGACAGAAAGUCACACCUGCUAAGAAGUUCAACAUGGAAACAAAGAAGGGAACUCUUUUGCAACUAUUGCAAGAAGCAAAAUCAUACCAUUGA